UUAAUUUAAAAAUCCCCGAAGUAGGAAUUUUUUGCACUACAGACAAUAUUAAGUUCUUUCAUCUUUUCAACCUCUAGGGGGAACUGUGUUUUCAGCAAAUCCUCCCUCAAGAAUAAUUUUCUUAAUCUAGAGCAGGCUUCAGAAAUUGUUCUUAAUGUUAGCUGGAGCUUAAUUUAGGAAUAAAGCCUUCCAGAAUAAAAAGCACAAUUCACUGUAAUGCUUUGAGUUCGAACAGUGAUUUCAAUCUUGAUUUGUAUGUAUGCUAUUCUGGGAGGAAAAUACUGUUUCCAUAAUGACCUUAGUCCUAAAGGGCCAGAUUCCGAAAUCCUCACUCUUAUUGUAGCCAAUGGACCUUUUGCCUGACAAAAGAUUCAGGACUGUAUGAGUUUAAACAUAUUAAAAACAUAUAUGUAGUUGAAAGAACUAAUGUCUGCUCGCUGGAAAACAAUUUUAGAUUUACAGCCCUGGAAAAUGUUUGCAGCUGUACUGUAUUUGUACUCGUGACAAGGUGGAGUAAGUGAUAGAUGUAAUUUGGAUCAACAAUAAAUUGUUACACAUAAGCUUUUAACUCUAAAAGAUCCUUGUGCUCUAAGGGCCUGAUCCAGAAAUGUUUACUAAAGCCAGACUACAGUGUCCAUGGCAGUGUUCAUGUGCAUAAGGGCUGCAGGUUGGGGCCUAAAUCCAAGUCUGUAUCUAUGUAUGAAAACUGGCCUUCAAGCCUUGUAUUUUCCAGUCUUCUUUUUUUUAAUCACUUUUGUCCUGUAUGCUGAGUAGCAUCUUAUCCUCUGAGUAGUCAAAAUGAAUAAGGGUGGCAGACAUGUGAUUUGUUUGCUUAUCUCUUCCUUAUUGACACAAUUCAUGCUAUUUGAAAUAAGAUGCCCCUCAGACAAAAUGCAGCACACACAAAUGAAAAAGAAAGAUACAUUUUGGGGAAAAACUUGAAGCGAUGUUGCCAGGUUGCAGUGUCAUGAACAGACAUAUAGGGUCAAUGGAUAGCAGGGCUGGAAAAGCAACAUACAAAAUAAUCUUCAGUAGGGUGGAUGUAUCUAUAAACUUUAAAAAUCAUUCUGAAACCAAAUUAAGUAAUCAAAUAAUAUUAUUUUAAAUGCACAUUUUCCAGGCAAGUUACUUGUCUUUGAAUUUCUACAUCUUAUUUUUUGACUGAUCUCCAUUAGAGAAAUAUUCCAGGAAAAUAUUCUGGUGAAUUUUUGAUUAGUUGAUUAGUUCUGAUUAGAAAGAAAAUAGUGUUAUUGGACCUUUUAAAUUCUAUUGCUUAGUUUAAUUGCAUUAAAAGCAUGUGCAGUUUCCUCUUGGGUUUAAUUCAGACUUCAUGUGCUCUUAAAGAUGAACAGCUGGGUUCCACUAGGAAUCAAAGUCUUCAAUUUAUACUCUGUACAGUAAAGGCAGCACCAAUUUGUUUACAUACAUUGCCCUGACAGUGACCUCAACCCUGAGCUAAACAGACCCCUUCUGUAAGGUGAGAAGCAGUUCACUCACCCUAUCAGUUCAACCUUGGGCCUCUCAUUAUAAGCAUAAAAUGUAAAACUGUGCAGGAUUACUCUGCAUGUGCAGACGUGGACCACAGAUCAUUAUGGAACAUGCACAAUCCACAGAGAUUUCACAGUGCAAGUGAGGAAUGCAGCUAGUCCCCCCUCCAUUCUACUUGUAUCCUCCUUCACUGUACCAUUUUUAACUCUUUUCAUUAUUUAAUGUUGAGAAUAGUCUCUCAUUCAGAAAACAAUCUUCCAUCAAAUGGCAUUUCCAAAAAUUUCUGAAGUUAUAAUUGCUUUGUUAGCAAUGCUAUAAAAACAAGUGUGGUUUUUUUUUACCAUGGGCAGUGCUAAGAACAUUAGUCAAAAGGUGGUGCACAGACUACUUAACAAGCAAAUUUUUCACACCAAAACACAGUGUUAAAUAAACACAAUUCUCUGAAUACAAACUCUUUUCAAAUGAAAUAAUAUAAUUGAAAAAUGAGUUUUGUUUUGCUUUUAAUCACACACAUUUAUUGGCGCACACAAAGUCUUCUGCAGAAUUAAAUUUUGCUGGUUAAGCCCAGCCUGUAAUGAGGGGCAGUGCAGAGCUGCUCUGUUCUAGGGGCCACACCGAGUGGCACAAUGUCUCCCAGAGCUCCACAGCUGCAUGGGGGGAUUGGGAGCAUUUAUGCUACAUACCUUUAAAUAGGUGACAAGAUGCCCAUUUUUAAAGGGACAGUCCCAUUUUUGGGGGACUUUUUCUUAUAUAGGCUCCUAUUACCCUCCACCCCAUCCCGUUUUUUCAUAGUUGCUAUCUGGCCACCCUACCUUUAAAGGAGGCAACAUGCUUCUCACAUGCUGCCGACCAGCUCUGCUGGCUAGUUUAUGUGGGGCAGAGCCAAAGUCCUACCUACUCCCUGGAAGUAUCUUCUGGGCAUCCCUGAGUGCUAGUGUUUCAAUUAUACCCCUCCCCAUGAAGGCUGUGCAAAUUAGAAGAGUUUCUUCCCUCCAUGUUAAUUUUGGGGCAGAUUCUGCUAGCUUUCCCCACAUUGGUAGUCCACUGUUUUCCAUGAGGCUGCCUGCGGAGUAAGUAGUAUGAAUCCGGCGCGUACACUGUCCAUCACCCAUGCUCAGGCUGGUGUACGUUACACCCGGAGUUACUCCGUUCAUGUGAACGGGCAUGCUCGUGCACUAAGGUACCACUCAGCCGGAGUCCGUGUGGCGCACUCGGCGCAGUAACAACCCGCCAAGGAGAAUACUGCUGGAUUGUCUGGGAUUCUGCGGGCUGGGGGGCAGCUACUGUGUCCUCUCCCUGCCAGUUCCUAUGCUGCUAAUACUAGCACGCGCGCUUUCUUCCACUGCUGCAAACUAGCGGCACGGUGCUUUCGCCCUGAGGGGAGCUACGAACGCCUCCCUUCCGCCAGCUUUCAGCAGGGGCAGCAGCAUUAAAGGGGCGCCCCAUGAAAGGGCCAUUUCAAGUGUGUGUGUGGGGAGAUUCAUUCAUUCGGAGGGCGGCUCCCAAUCCUGCAAAGCGGGCGUUUAAAACACGCUCGGUCUCUUGUACGGCCCCAGGUCGCUCCGCAUCCAGAGUUACAGCAUUACGAGUCAACUUCAUGCGUGUUACUCGCUGCAUCCCCAGCUCCUGAUUUUAAACGGGUCUUUUGCACGCCGUGUUGGGACACACGCACGGUGAAGGGAAAAAAACCAACAACGAUCGCAUCCAGGGGAUUUUCAAAGUCCAUAUUGCAAGGCGUCCCCUGCAUCCUCGUGGCUUGCAUGGUCCUGGCAAGCAGUAGCAGCAGCAGCAGCAGCCCCGACGAGGAGAAGCUGAUCAGGGUCCUGGUGCUGCUACCCAAGGACAACUCCUACCUGUUCUCCUUGGCCAGGGUCAAGCCAGCCAUCGAGUACGCCCUGCGGAGCCUGCAGGAGAACGGGACCUGCCUGCCGGGCUACCGGUUCGAGGUCAUCUACGAGGACUCGGAGUGCGGCAACCGGGCGCUCUUCAGCCUGGUGGACCUGGUAGCCCUGAAGCAGCAGAAACCGGACCUGCUGCUGGGGCCCGUCUGCGAGUACGCGGCUGCCCCGGUGGCCCGGCUGGCCUCCCACUGGAACCUGCCCAUGAUCUCGGCUGGGGCGCUGGCCACGGGCUUCAGCACCAAGACGGGCGAGUACUCGCACCUGACCCGGGUCUCGCCCGCCUACUCCAAGAUGGGCGAGAUGUUCCUGGCCCUGUUCCGGCACCACAAGUGGAGCCGGGCCACCCUGCUCUACAGCGACAACAACCAGGAGCGCAACUGCUACUUCACCAUGGAGGGGGUGCAUGUGGUCUUCCAGGAGGAGGCGUUCCCCAUGGCCGUGCACAGCUUCGACGAGAGCGGCCGCUACUUGGACCUGGACGAGAUCGUGCGCUCCAUCCAGGCCGGGGAGCGAGUUGUAAUAAUGUGUGCCAGCGGUGACACAAUAAGAAACAUCAUGCUAGCUGCUCAUCGACAAGGAAUGACCAAUGGGGACUACGCUUUCUUCAAUAUUGAACUCUUCAACAGCUCGUCAUAUGGAAAUGGCUCGUGGAAGAGAGGAGACAAACAUGACCUUGAAGCAAAGCAAGCCUACUCAUCCCUCCAAACAGUCACUCUACUGAGGACAGUGAAACCUGAGUUUGAGAGGUUUUCCAUGGAAGUGAAAAGUUCUGUUCAGAAACAAGGUCUGAACGAGGAUGAUUACAUUAACAUGUUUGUGGAAGGAUUCCAUGAUGCCAUUCUCCUCUAUGCUCUGGCUUUGCGUGAAGUCCUAAAAUAUGGUUUUAGCAAGAAGGAUGGGGAUAAAAUUGUUCAUCAGACACGGAACAGGACAUAUGAAGGCAUUGCAGGGCAGGUAUCCAUCGAUGCCAAUGGAGACCGAUAUGGGGAUUUCUCAGUGAUUGCAAUGACCAACCCAGAAGCAGGCACACAGGAGGUGAUUGGGGACUACUAUGGAAAGCAAGGGCGUUUUGAAAUUCGAUCAAAUGUGAAGUAUCCUUGGGGUCCUGGCAAGCUGAGAAUAGAUGAAAACAGAGUUUUAGAGCACACGAACAAUACGCCUUGUAAAUCAUCAGGUGGCCUGGGAGAGUCAGCAGUUACAGGGAUCGUAGUGGGUGCCUUACUUGGAGCAGGAUUACUAAUGGCUUUCUACUUUUUCAGAAAGAAAUACAGAAUAACUAUUGAGAGACGAAGUCAACAGGAAGAGUGUAAUGUGGGCAAGCAUCGGCAGUUACGUGAAGACUCCAUUAGAUCUCAUUUUUCUGCCGCAUAAAGAAGAAAAAAAGUCUCAUUCUUCCUGAAAAAACUUUAGGGAAAUGGACAAAACCAAAGACAUCAGUGUAAAAGAAGAGGCUCUUGAAGAACUAAUUCUUUAAGCAGUAGAGUCAUUUUAUCUUAAUUUCUUUCAAAAACUCAGGAAUGAUUUACUAAUCACAUUAUGCCACAUGGCCUUUCAUCUCGUGGAAAAAAAAAAGAUAAUUUCACAUUAUAGGAUGUUCUUAGUGUUUUCAGAGGAUAUUUUCUACGACAUUUAUUGAGGGCAGCAGUUUUGUGCUUAGGGCUGGGAAUGCUUCUUCCUGACCCCUUCUUUUUAACUCCUAGUGCUUCCUUUCUUAGCUGCAUCACAAGCAAGGAUAUCAAAAUGUGGUUUCAGUGCUGCUUUGCCAUUAAAAUAAAGAUGUCUUCAUUAUGGGCUUCCUGCAUUAUUGAAACCAAUGGGCCACUUUGCCCUGGACCUCAGUGGGUGCAGGAUAAGACCGCUAGAGUUUAAUCUCAGGAGUUGGCACUUGAGAUGUAAAUAACUAUUGAGAAAGUAGGGGGUGGAAACACUCAAGUCAUUUUUUCAUUGCACGUACAGUAUCAAAAUCAAGACAGGGAAUACAGAGACUGAAUCUCUUCUCACUUAUAGUAGUGUAAGUCAAGAGUAGCUUCAUUGCAGUCAGUGGCGUUUCACUGGUAUGAGACAUAAGCAAAGGGAGAAACAGAACCCUGGAGUAGAAGUGCUUUUUCUUCAGCCUGACAUAUGCUUUUAUAUUGUAACAAAACAUCCCAGAAGAGUCAUCAUCCUUCUCUCUCUCCACGAUCACCACCUCUUAGAAAGGCUAGUGCAGUACCUAAAGGGCUGGCUUCUGCUCCCAUUGAAGUCAAUGGCAGAAAUGCCCCUGAUUUCAGUGAGAGGAGGGUACGAUCCAGACUCUGUAAAUAUUAAUAAUAGGGGAGUGUUUGUACAGUAACGGUAAUUCAAAAGAUUUUUUUUUUAUAAAAAUGACAUUCCGUGCUAGCAUUUUAUUUUUAGGUUUCUUUAUCUUGUAUUUUUGGAUUAGAAAUGGUCUAUUUUUGCUUUGAUAAAAUUAAAAGUCAAGGCGAGAAGGUUUGAAGAAAUAUUUUUACAGUGUGAAUAAUGUACACAGGAAGUAAUUGAUGUAAAUAAAAGUUAUUUUGGUUUA